AUCAAACUAUCUAUAUAUCCGCCGUUAUCAAUUUCAUAUUUCUUUUUCUUUGACGCGGCGUUUAUCUCUGCUCGCGUUUUUUUCUUCGAUCAGCUGUACAUUUUAUUUAAUUUGUUUAUUUUAUCAAUUUUCCAGUUUAAUUCAUUUAAAGCAUCGUUUACCAGUUUUUCAGCUCAACUCGUCUCUUGGCUCCGUUUUACAUUUUUCUCUGCACAGGCUCCGUUGGUUUCUUCGCAGAUUUGAACGCUUUAUCUGGUUCUCCCGAUCGCAGAACCGUAAGUUUCCUUUGCCUCUUUCUGAGAGCAGCAAAAGGUGCAACCUUUUUACCCUUUCUUUCUGUUUGAUGCCUCUGUGUUUUGAUUCCACAUAUCGGUGAUCAGUUCUUUGUUUAUUUGCUGCUUCUGAUUUUGCUCUUACGGCGAAAUCGACACUAUUUCUAAGUAGUUGUGGUUGAUUGAUGGUGGGUUUUAGCAGAAGAGUUUUAAUGGGAACUGGUUUGUUUCCUAAGUUGGGGAUUUAUAAGAAAUUUAGGGUUUUUUGCUUUUAAGAUUCUUCUUUGUUCUUUGAUCUAUCUUUAGCUUGAUUUCGUUUGCAAAAUUCCAUCUUUUGGAGACCUUUUUCCGAUUAAUGGCCAACCGAAAGCUUGGAUUUGGCUCUCUUUUCUCUCUCAUUCUUAUCUUAAACCUAAGAAAUUCUGUAGCUGCAUUUGUUCCUGCUGAUAACUACUUGAUAGAUUGUGGUUCUUUGACCGAUACAAAGGUCGAUGACAGAGUAUUUGAAGCUGAUAGCAGCCGCUCUUGGAGCCUCAAUACCCCUAAAGAUGUUCUUACCAACAUAACUAAUCCGAACUCAGUUUCAUCAUUGACUAGCUCUUCUCUAUACCUCAAUGCUAGGGUUUUCACCGGCCCUUCCUCCUAUUCCUUUCCGAUCAAGCAGCAAGGAAGACAUUUUAUCCGUCUCUAUUUCUUCCCCUUUGAUAAUCAACAAUUCAAACUCACCACUUCUCAAUUCUCAGUCUCAACCCAAGACAAUACUCUUCUUUCCAAUUUUCAGCCACGUCCGGAUUCGACCACCGCAGUCAAGGAAUUCUCAGCAAACAUUAAUCAUGACAAUCUGAUCCUUAGCUUUAUUCCUGGAAGCAAUUCUUUUGCAUUUGUGAGUGCUCUGGAAGUUGUUUCUGUCCCCAACAACCUUAUUUUAGACACUGCCCAGAAUGUUAAUAAUCAGCAAACUUAUCAAGGUUUGUCCAAUCAAGUAUUGGAGACAGUUUAUAGGCUGAAUAUGGGAGGCCCAAAGCUCUUACCAGUCAAUGACACCUUAUGGAGAACUUGGAAUACUGAUGGAGUCUAUCUAAUCAAUGCGAAUGUAGCUAAGAAUGUUUCUUAUGCCGGCGAUAUCAAUUAUGUGGAUGGGGCUACCAGCCCUGAGAUUGCUCCUAAGAUUGUCUAUAGCACAGCAACCGAGUUGGCUUCACAGAGUUCAACCUUGGAUGCCCGUGUCAAUGUCACAUGGAUGUUCAAAGCAGAUAGCAGCUUCAGCUACUUGGUCAGGAUGCACUUCUGUGAUAUAGUGAGUAAAGCCCUCAACAAUCUCUAUUUCAGAGCUUAUAUCAACAGCUGGUCUGCAAGCAAUAAUAUUGAUCUAUCUACUUUGUCGGCCAAUUCGCUACACACUGCUAUAUUCAUGGAUUUUGUUGUGGGACUUCCGGCUGAAUCAAACAACCUUUCUGUUAGUAUUGGUCCUUCUGACUCAGCUGGCAUUGCGCCAGAUGGAAUCCUGAAUGGACUUGAGAUUAUGAAGAUAAGCAAUUCUGGUCCAGGUGCUGUUGUUGAGGGUAGUUCAAAGAGUAAGAUUGGUCCCAUACUUGGUGCUGUUUUUGGGGUACUAGCUUUGGUGAUUAUAGCUGCAGUUGUUUUCUGUUUGUUCAGAAGAAGGAAGAAGGCGAAGAAGCAGCAGUCGAAGACUUGGCUGCCUUUCUCAAUUAAUGGAGGUACUUCACAAAGUUUGGCAAGUAGAACUUCAAAUAUAACGACAGCUACUUCUGGGAAGAAUGGUAAUCUAGGCUACAGAUUCUCCUUUGUUGUGCUGCAAGAGGCCACUAAUAAUUUUGAUGAGAACUGGGUGAUUGGAGUUGGGGGCUUUGGCAAGGUUUACAAGGGAGUGCUGAGAGAUGAGACGAAAGUGGCCGUCAAGCGUGGAAAUCCGAAAUCACAGCAGGGUCUCAACGAGUUUCGCACUGAAAUUGAGUUGCUUUCACGGCUUCGCCAUCGUCACCUUGUGUCUCUUAUUGGGUACUGUGAUGAGCGAAAUGAAAUGAUUCUUGUUUACGAGUAUAUGGAGAAGGGAACUUUGAAGAGUCAUCUGUAUGGUUCAGAUCUUCCUAACCUCAAUUGGGAGCAGAGGCUUGAAAUUUGCAUUGGGUCAGCAAGAGGGCUUCACUACCUUCACACAGGUUCUGCAAAGGCGAUCAUUCACCGCGAUGUCAAAUCUGCAAACAUCCUACUUGAUGAAAAUCUCAUGGCAAAGGUUGCUGAUUUCGGUCUUUCAAAGACUGGUCCUGAAUUGGAUCAGACUCAUGUGAGCACCGCGGUUAAGGGGAGCUUUGGAUAUCUUGAUCCUGAAUACUUCCGCAGGCAGCAGCUAACUGAAAAAUCUGAUGUUUAUUCUUUUGGAGUGGUUUUGCUUGAAGUACUUUGUGCCAGACCAGUUAUUGAUCCCACCCUCCCCAGAGAAAUGGUGAACUUAGCUGAAUGGGGCAUGAAGUGGCAGAAGAGAGGAGAUUUGGAUCAAAUCAUAGAUGCUCGUAUUGCAGGAACCAUAAAGCCUGAUUCCCUGCGGAAAUUUGCGGAGACUGUCGAAAAAUGCCUUGCAGACUUCGGCGUUGAGCGCCCCACAAUGGGCGAUGUGCUAUGGAACUUGGAGUAUGCAUUGCAACUUCAGGAAGCACAGUCUCCUGAUUCUGAAGCGAAUAGCAUCAAUAGGAUUGUUGAACUUUCUUCACAGGUUCAGAACAUGAAUAAUCUUGGAACUGUAGCUGAGGGUGGAAUAGCUAACAGUAGCUUGAAUGAUCUUUCUGAUGUCUCAAUGAGCAGAGUGUUCUCUCAGUUGAUUAAGUCAGAAGGCAGGUAAGAGUAUUCUGUUAUACUACUGAAUGCCAUGGAGAAUUCCAAAUUACUUGGUGUUUGCUUAGUGUAAGUAUACUAUUUGUUUAAUUCCUCUUUCAGUAUUUGUACUACUUGAGCAUGGAUGAGUCUGCUAUCACUUGAUGUGAUUUUGUUUUAAAAAGUUCAUUGUUGUUACUUUUCUCUAAAGUUUUUCUUGGUAAUUGAAGCAUGUAGAAGUGCCCAACUUUGAAGAACUGGAAAGGAAAUACUGCAUAUUCUUAGAACAAUGUCUCACUUGGAUCUGUGAUGCAAGCUAGUUUCUCCUC